GAAAAGACACAACCCUCUACACAUAUUUUUUUAAAAGACACAACCUUUCAACAUAAUUGAAGUUCACAACCUUAGGAAUUAAUUGGAAAAGACACAAUCUUACAACAUAGAACUUUUAGAAAAGACACAAGCCUUUACACUACCCUUUCAAAAGACACAACCUUUCAACAUAAGUAGAUUCACAACCUUAGAAAUUAAUUGGAAAAUACACAACAUUCCAACAUAGAACAUUUAGAAAAGACAUAACCCUUUACACUUAUUUUUCAAAAGACACAACCUUUCAACAUAAAUGGACUCACAACCUUUGGAAUUAAUUGGGAUUGCUAUUAUUAGUAGAUAUACUUAGGAAGUUAGGAUCGUCGACCGUUCAGUGAGGGACAUGCUACUUUCCUACCCGACAACAACACCUUCGUCAAUAGCCCUGCUCGAGCUUUACUUCUUCAUCUUCUAUAGGAAAAGCAUUUCCCAAAUUGGUUUGUGAUUGUAGGCGCAUACUUGCCAUCAUCCCGGCUUUAAGGGACUGAAACUCACCGACAAUUUAAGAAUAUUCUUUAGAUAAAACUGCUAAUAAAACGAAAGCCCUUUCACAUUGGAACGUUUGAUAAAUGAAAAACUUUUGUCCAAGUUUAACUCGUUUACUGAGUCUGAACCUAUACGAGAAACAUCUAAACGUUGAUGAGAAUCGUAGCCACUUCUCUGCUAUGCUUUUUUUUGUUGUGUGUUUCCACGACGUGGCCAAAACUUGUUUGUAGACGCAAACCGAAGGCAAAAAGUCAACUUUCUCGACGUGCAAAGCGUGUCUCAAAGUUAAUCCGAGAUAUAAAGUUGAGAGACGUAUCCAUCUAUCAUGAUCUGUAUCUUAAACUUUGACUUUGUUCCUUCUCUCAUGGAAGAUUCUUCAUUGCAGUCUUUCCACUGGAGACACCAUGUCUUCCCUAGCUUCAGUGGCGAAGACGUUCGCAGAACCUUUCUCAGUCACCUUCUCAAGGAGUUCCGGCGAAAGGGAAUCCGUACGUUCAUAGAUAAUGACAUCAAAAGAAGCCAAUUGAUUGGUCCUGAGCUGGUACAAGCUAUCAGAGAAUCAAGGUUUGCGGUUGUAGUGUUGUCCAAGAGAUAUGCAUCUUCAAGGUGGUGUUUGAAUGAGUUGGUGGAGAUUAAGGAAUCUAGCAAGAAUGUCAUGCCCGUUUUCUACGAGGUUAAUCCAUCUGAUGUGAGGAAUCUAAGUGGAGAAUUUGGAACGGCAUUUGAGGAAGCAUGUCAAGGCAAACCAGAGGAUGUGAAGCAGAGAUGGCGGCAAGCCUUGGUGUAUGUGGCUAAUAUAGCCGGCGAGUCUUCUCAAAACUGGGACAAUGAAGCAGAUAUGAUUGAAAAGAUUGCUAUGAGCAUUUCAAGUGAAUUGAAUUCUGCACCAUCAGGAGAUUCAGACAAUCUAGUUGGAAUCAAUGCUCAUAUGAGUGAGAUGGACUCUCUGUUAUGUCUGGAAUCAAAUGAAGUGAAGAUGGUGGGGAUUUGGGGUCCUGCAGGUAUUGGCAAGACUACAGUUGCCAGAGCUUUAUUCAAACAGCUUUCUGUAAGCUUCCAACACUCUAUCUUUGUGGAGAAUUUUAAGGGAAGUUAUAGGAGAACAGGACUGGAUGAAUAUGGCUUCAAGUUGCGUUUGCAAGAACAGUUUCUAUCUGAAGUUAUCGAUCAUAAGCAUAUGAAGAUACAUGAUUUAGGUCUGGUAAAGGAAAGACUGCAGGAUCUCAAAGUUCUUGUUGUUCUUGAUGAUGUUGAUAGACUAGAACAACUUGAUGCCUUGGUGAAACAAUCUCAGUGGUUUGGCCCUGGAAGUAGGAUCAUCGUGACCACGGAAAACAAACAGCUUCUGAGAGCGCAUGGGAUCAAGCUCAUAUACCAAAUGGGGUUUCCAUCUAAAAGUGAAUCUCUUGAGAUCUUCUGCCAAUCUGCAUUUGGAAAAAGCUCUGCUCCAGAUGGUUAUAUUGAGCUUGCUACUGAAAUUACAAAGCUUGCUGGCUAUCUUCCCCUAGCUCUAAAGGUUUUGGGGUCAUCUCUGCGAGGGAUGAACAAGGAUGAGCAAAAAGCAGCGUUGCCUAGACUCAGAACCAGUCUCAGUGAGGAUAUUAGGAAUGUUUUACGAGUCGGUUAUGAUGGUUUACAUGACAAGGAUAAGUCCAUAUUCCUUUACGUUGCAUGUCUAUUCAGUGGUGAGAAUGUUGAGUAUGUGAAGCUGUUGCUUGCAAGUUCUGGCUUGGAUGUCAACUUUGGGCUACAAGUUCUAACCAAUAGAUCUCUCAUAUACAUAUUGAGAUGCAAUCGCACCAUUAUGAUGCAUAGUUUGCUACAACACUUGGGCCGUGAAGUUGUCUGUGCACAAUCUAUUGACGAGCCUGGAAAACGUCAGUUCUUGGUGGAUGCUUCAGAGAUAUAUGAUGUACUUGUUGAUAACACAGGCACUGCAGCUCUUUUGGGCAUAUCUUUGGACAUAUCUACGAUCAAUGAGUGGUUUCUGAAUGAAAGAUCUUUUGGUGGGAUGCACAACCUGAUGUUUCUAAAAUUCUACAAGUCCUCGUUGGGUAAAAAUCAAACCGAGCUGCAUUUACCUCGAGGCUUAGAUUAUCUUCCCCGUAAACUUAGGCUGCUGCAUUGGGAUACCUAUCCCACGACAUCACUGCCUCUGAGUUUUCGUCCAGAGUUUCUUGUUGUUCUAAAUUUAAGAGAGAGCAAGCUUGAGAAGCUAUGGGAAGGAGAACAACCUCUUAGAAGUCUGACACAUAUGGACUUGAGUAUGUCUGAGAAUCUAAAAGAGAUCCCAGAUCUUUCAAAAGCUGUAAAUAUGGAGGAACUUUGUCUCAGUCAUUGCAGUAGUUUGGUGAUGUUACCUCCGUCAGUCAAGAACCUUAACAAACUGGUUGUUCUUGAAAUGGAGUGCUGCUCAAAGCUAGAGUCUAUUCCAAAAAAUAUCAACUUGGAAUCUCUCAGCAUUCUCAAUCUUGAUAAAUGCUCGCGAUUGACAACUUUUCCAGAUGUUUCUUCGAAUAUUGGAUAUCUCUCUAUAUCAGAAACUGCAAUAGAACAAGUUCCGGAAACAAUCAUGUCUUGGCCAAAUCUGGCAGCACUGGACAUGUCAGGCUGUACGAAUCUCAAGACAUUUCCAUGUCUACCAAACACUAUAGAAUGGUUGGAUUUCAGCAGGACAGAGAUCGAAGAAGUCCCUUCGCGGGUUCAAAAUCUCUACAGGCUAAGUAAAUUAUUGAUGAACAGCUGCAUGAAGCUAAGAAGCAUCUCUUCUGGUAUUUCUAGGCUGGAAAAUAUCGAAACACUAGAUUUCUUGGGAUGCAAGAAUGUUGUGAACUAUCCUGUAGAGAUCUUCGAGAGCUCUCCGUUCUGUCAUAAUCUGGUGGUGGAAAUGGGAGACAUCCAAACCCCUGGUCUUCCUCGACCAUUUUAUUUCAGGAAUAGUUUUAUUGAAACAAUCCCGGAUUGCAUCACACGUCACUGCAAGCUGCCCUUUCUGAAUUCAUCAAGACCAGUAUCCAGCAAUAUUGAGAGUAAUUUCAUUUGGUUCGACCAACUAAGAAAGCGGGAAGAAUGGCAUGGUGAUGAUGACGACUGAUGAGUCAGCAAACAAAGCUGACAAUGGGAGAUCCAUCUACACGAGAAAAUCAAGCUGAAGUUCAAUGAUUAAGUCUUGAAACCUAGUCUUCUUUUUUUCUUUUCAUGCAAAUAAUCAGAUCACUACUUCACUUCCUAUUUGAUAGGAACCGAGUAACCUGAAUCACUUUCCCCUUAUCUUUUCCAUUAUGCAUUUGCUUCCAAGUUUGUAGGAACGUGUAGUUCCAAUUUGUUUUCUAUAUAAAUAAAAAAACAGAAAAAACUAGUCGCAUAGAUAAGCUGAUCAGGAGUCUCCUCCUUGCGGAAUUCUAUUCUAUAGCACCAUAAUGAUCGAGUGGAUGGGAAGAACCACCUAGCUUUAUAAGCAUCUUUACUCCUCAACUUAUUGAUUUGACUCUACCAAAGUUUUCAAAACUUUAGGUAUUGUAAACACUUUUUUUUCUUUUGUUGAUAAAUAUAUUUAACAUUUCAACAAAAAAAAAAAGGCAUAGGAAUUUAUCUGAAAGAUAACUUGUUUCAUUCUGGUUUCACACCUAAUUCGAAAUAUUGAAAAAAA